AUGGACCAUCCAAUCCCCCCACCAGAUGAAGAAGAGUUAUUACUCUCUAAGUUAGUUUUUGGUGAUAAUACCGACUUCUACAACGAGUUGCAGAAUGUUGACUUGAAUGUGAAUAGCGAUGAAGAUGCAGCCGAAUACGAACAAAACAGCGAUUCUGAAGCCUCGGAAAAUGGUGCAGAAAAUGAUGAUAUAGGAAAAAUCAUGGACGACCAACUUUUCUUUGUCGAUGAUGGGGCAGAAGCAGGUCAAGAUGCAGACGCCAUGGACAUUGAUUCAGAAGAUGAGCAUGAGGAUGAAGCCGGCUAUGACGAUAGUGAUGAGUAUUCUGAUGAGGAGCAAGAUGCAUGGGUUGACUCUGAUGAUGAAAGAUUACAGAUAAAUAUCACUGAAACUAACAGGUCGAAGAAACUCAGGACCUCAUACGUUGAAUCUCAAAUCAAUGGACGGGAUUAUGUGCAAAGAUUAAGAUCGCAAUUUGAAAAAAUAUAUCCAAAGCCAACUUGGGUGGAAGAUGAGGAUGAUAGUGAAAUAAACGAUGACAGUGAAAGUGACAGCGAUGAAUAUGAAAAUGUGUUGAACGGAGAUGUUAAUGCAUUGUCUAAAAUUCUACAAAGUACUUAUAAUUACACAGAAAAGAGUUCUAAAUUGCUUCCGCCUAAAACUCUUGAUAUUACUAGACUAAAAGAUGCAAACGCAACCCACCCAUCGCGUUCAGCAAUCCAAUCGUUGUCUUUCCACCCAACAAAGCCAAUUUUAUUGACCGGUGGUUAUGACAGAACCUUAAGAAUAUAUCACAUUGAUGGUAAAAGCAAUCAUUUGGUUACUUCAGUCCACAUAAAAGGAACUCCAGUACAAACCUGUUGCUUCUACUCUUCUCAAGACGGAAAGGAACAAAAGGUCUUCACUGGUGGUAGAAGACGUUACAUGCAUUCGUGGGAUUUAUCCAACAACAAUACUUCUGUAGCCAAGAUUGACAAGAUUUCUCGGCUAUAUGGUCAUCAAGAUACACAAAGAUCUUUCGAAAAGUUCAAGUUGGCCCAUUUCCAAGAUGCGUAUGGAAACCGUCAUGGUUUAAUCUGUUUACAAGGUAAUAAUGGUUGGAUUAACAUUCUACACGCAUCUACUGGUGUAUGGCUACAAGGUUGUAAGAUAGAAGGUGUUAUUUCAGAUUUCUGCAUUGAUUACAAAACGGCUCAACAUGGAAAGUUUAUAACUGUUCUAAUUGCUGUAAACACGUACGGAGAAGUGUGGGAAUUCGACCUAAAUAACAGUGGUAAGACUAUUCGUAGAUGGAAGGAUGACGGUGGUGUAGGAAUUACUAAGAUCCAAGUAGGCGGUGGUACAUCUAUCUAUUCUCCAAAACAAAGAAUCAUUCAAAACAGAUGGAUUGCAAUUGGUUCGGAAUCUGGGUUUGUCAAUGUAUAUGAUAGACAAAGUGACUCUCAGCGGCCAGUAUGCACACUAGAUCAGUUAACGACUACUAUCUCAUCACUUGAGUUCUCUCCUGAUGGUCAAAUGCUAUGCAUGGCAAGUAGAGCUACAAAAGAUGCCCUAAGGCUGGUACAUUUAGCUACAGGAACUGUGUUCUCUAAUUGGCCAACAAGUGGCACUCCAUUAGGUAAAGUUACUAGUGUUAUGUUCAGUCCACAAGGAACAAUGUUAGCAGUUGGUAACGAACAAGGUAAAGUAAGAUUAUGGAGAUUAAAUCACUACUAA